AUAAUGAAUAACUUUUUUUUAAAAUAAUGAUGUGACGUGAAAGCUAAUGAAAAAAGAAACCAAAAGUAAUAAAGAUGUCUUCAAUACUUGAUAUGUCACCCGGUAAACCAGAUUACUGGUCAGAAAUUAGUAAUUUUCUGUUGAAGCAUUUUAUUACAAAUGAACGGUUUGAUGUGAUUUUAAUGCAAAAUGUUAAUUUCAAUUACCUGACAAAUGCUCUCUUUUGGAUAUUGUUAAGUUUCUCUGGUGGCUUUGCAGGAUUUUUCAAAGUUUUCGAAGUCUUUUUAAAAUCUUCUAAUAUCAAAUAUUAUAAACGCAAACAGUUUGUGCGUUCAAUAUGGAAUAUUGCAUUCUACGCUGCUUGUUCUUUGUUCUUAUACUUUUAUAAUCAAUUCAUGAUAUUGCCGCAGCUAUCGAAAAAUCAAGGACGUUAUUCGCUAUUUUAUUCUUCAGAGAAUUUAAUAUUCUUUAAAUCACAACAAUGUGAAAAAUUUCAAUUUUAUUCAUUAUUUAUAAUAACAUUUUAUAUACACGGUGCAAUUCUGGAUUUUAAGGAAGCAGACAUUUUAGAAGCUGCCUCAAAAGCGUUAUAUACUUUAGCUUUAAUUGCCGUUGAUGUCUACAAAUAUGAAAAUUAUUUUGUUGGUUUGAAUUUGAGCAUUGGCCUAUAUAAUAUUAUAACGGAAUGCCUUUUUAUACUGGCCUUGCAGUUGUCUAUAAAAAAUCGUCUAAUUUUUCAAGUAUUUUUGGGACUACGCAUUGCUUCAUGGUCACACGUUUUUAUAAGCUUAAUUCCUUUUAAAUAUUUAGUGCCUACACUCUUUGCAAAGGACUUUAAAAUUAUAUUAAAUAUUAUUAUUUGGCUAUGGUAUGGUUUAUCCAUAUGGAACUCUCCAGUUUUGCAAUAUUUUUAUCAUCAGAUAUAUCACAAUACACCUGUAGACUGCACUGGUGAAGGGUCAGCUGCAAAAUGUAUACUACUGCGGGACUCAAGUGAAUUUCGACACUUUAAGAGUUUGAAAAAAGCUUACUUAGAACUAAAAAUUGCGCAUGAAAAACUUAGAGUAAGCAAUAUGAGCGCAGAAACAAGUGAAAGCUCUUCCGCCAAAGCGUUCCAAGCUAUUAAGUGUAUAAUGACUUUAAAACGAAAAUUGAAACGUAUACGUGAAGGGCGCGGCUCUACGGCAGAUGAUGAGACAGAAGAUUUGGCCACAGAUUGUUGAAAAUAUUUAAUUUAGUAAGCAAACAAUAUUCUUAAGAAUAUAUUGAAGAAAUGAUGAACUCUUGAUAAUAGAAGUCAUAAUUUUUGAAAUAUAGUACGUUGCACUAUUUUUAACAUAUAAAUGCCUAACGUUCAUAAUAUUUUUUUAUUUUUAAUCAAUACUUCUAAUUGUGCAUAGCGCUUACUCAACUCGA